AUAUUUAUGUGUUUACGCGUGUGUUUACAUCGAACGCGAUAUGAUCCACGAAGGAUACCCAAAAAAAAAAAAAUCGAUCGGUGAUCUCUCUUUCUCCGCUUCGAGUAUCGAGUAGCAGUCGCACUCGCGUCCCAUCGGCCCUAACGCGACACACGAUCGUUCACGUCGAAUCACGUGACAGUGCUUUGGAUCUUGGUUUCUAUUGCCCUCGCAGAGUCGAUCGACUUUUCUUUGUCUCUUCUCCGAGCUCUUCGAAGAUCUUUGAAUUUGUCCGCGAGAAGAAAGACGCAAAGUAGCAUAGAAUUUCGUUCGAGUGCGGUUGUACGUUCGUAAAAACUAACCGUCCAGCGUGUACACGAGCAACGUAGAAGAAGUCCUUCGAAUAUGGAAGCCGUUAGAUCGAGAGGACAGAGGAUGUUUGUGGAAAUUCUCCGAUUAAAGAGGAUAAAAUGCAAUUGAUGAUCCGAUAACGAUUCGUAUUGGAUAGGACUGAACUAUCUUAAACGCGAGCAGUGUUCAAACGCAGUGUCGCCUAUAUCCCGCGUAUCUCGUAAAAAAAGCAAGUGUCUGUGGCAUCGUGUCGAAAUCGGAAAAAAUUCGAAAACGGAAUAUCUGUUAAUUCGGUAUCGGGUGUUGACGCGACAUUCGGUUGAGCCAACUUUCCAAAUUUACUUUGAAAUUUAUUCUUCGAGGAAGGGCAUCUUCCGCGAUGGUCGAACGACCGGCACACUUUCGCUCGUUUUCUUCUCAACGAGAACCAAUGCGAGAUAUCGAUCGUUUCCUUCGUGACGCUUUUCUGUCGAAAGUCAAAAUUUUGUCACAAAAUUGAAACGCACAGAUCUAACGAUCCGUCGGCUCGGGUCGAUUUUCAACGCGUAAAAUACGAUAGAAUAAUCGAAGAAAAAUUUGCCGGACGAGGAACCAACGUACGCGCGAAUCGACGAAUUAUCGCACAGACGUUUGAUUCAACGUCCUCUCGUUGCGAUCGCUUUUACGUUGUCCCUAUCUGUUAUUUCUCAGUUUCUUACCUAUUUCAUCCGUCCUUACAUCCGUCCAUUACAAGCGCGUGUAUAUAAACAUGCCUAUAGAAAUACAUUGAAAGGCAUUGAUGGUAUCGCGUCGUUAAGUACCUAAAUACACUCAGGAGCGGGUCGCACCGAUCGCCGUAUUUAUAUUUCUUCGUCCAUCCUGUCGUACGACAUACGCGGGAAAAUCUUUCGCUGUAGUCCUUCGAAAUCUUUGCUCGAAAGAAAAGGAACUCCCAUUUUCCCCACGUAGAGAGCGUCGAAAAGUUCGCGCAUCUUCAAACGUUUCGUUAUCGCGAUUCCUAUUCGCCGCUACCCUCGUAAUAUCAAAACUUCUUAUCGGAUGCGUCGCUCGAAUCGAUAUCCACUCGAUCCAUAUCGGGCCCGAAUCGAAAUAAACCAUGGCGAUUCUUCGUUGAUCGUUUCGAUCGAUUUUUCUACACGUUCUCUUGCGGCACGAGAUUUUAGGAAAAACAGUUUAGAGUUUAUCGAAAUAUUAGAAAGCGUAAAUGUAUUAGACACGUACGCUUGACGGCAAUGCUUUUUCUCCCAUUUUCUUUCGUUUACUUCUUCUUCCUUUUCACUUUCGUCGCGAACUACUCGACUACCUAGGAGUAUCGAGAUUGAAGCGACAGGAUCCGAUAGUCGAAACGAAGAUACGUGUAAUUAUACGUACGUACCUGCUAUCUCUUCCGUUGUCAUUCCGGUAAUCUCGCGCGCGAGAAAGGGAGAUCGACAACGUACAAGAAAGAGAAGAAAAUCCGUGGGACUUGCGGCGUACUUGCGUCGAACGUUCCUUCGAGUUGAUUCCGUCCAACGCAUUGAUUCGUUCCCGGAGACGGUGCCAGAACGCAGUACGCUAAACGCAGAAGAAGGAAAGCAAAAGAAGAGAGCAAAUACGGGGUGCUCGUUUACGUUUAGUUCGCGACCGCGGGGCGUACGUGGGUGGAUGGAAAAAGGAAACGAUCCUGUCAUCAGGAGGAACGAAGGAGAACGAGGCGGCGGGCCAGGGUGGCUCCGCUAACGGCAGGGAGGCCGUUGAGAAAAUGUCGAGCACCGCGGCGAGUCCCGAUGGGAUGGCUUUGCAGUCGCACUACUCCCUUCGAUGGAACAAUCAUCAAAAUCACAUAUUACAGUCCUUCGAGGCUCUUUUGCACGCGGAGAUACUCGUCGACGUGACGCUGGUUUGCGCCGAAACUAGUCUCAGGGCGCACAAGGUCGUUCUCAGUGCUUGCAGCCCCUUCUUCGAGAGAAUAUUUGCGGAGCAUCCGUGCAAGCAUCCGGUGAUCGUACUGAAGGAUUUCCCCGGUCACGAAGUCGCGGCAUUAAUCGACUUUAUGUAUCGCGGGGAAGUGCGAGUCGGUCGAGAAGAAUUGGCAGGAUUGAUGAGAGCGGCGGAGAGUCUGCAGGUGCGAGGACUGGCGUCGUCGGAACCGAGGCCGGCAUCACCACCGGAUACACCAACUGCCGAUCUACUCCUCGGCGAGCCAUCGACGCCCGAGGAAACUAGACAGGACACUCAGGAAGACGAUGACAAUACGUCGGAGAUAGCGGCGGCAGCGGCCGCGGCCGCGGCAGCGACAGCAGCGGCGGCAGCGGCGGCCGCGGCCGCGGCACGGGCAUCGAUGAGAGAAACGAUCGCGACGCCUAUAAGAACGCUCUUUCACCCUGCGAGGGACCAUCGCGACAGAUUACCGCACAUGGCUCAUCUGAGCUUCGGUCUACGGGAGCUAAGGGAAGCCUGUAGUUCCCCUCUUAUGCCGCGUCGGAAGCAGGCGCGACCACGUCGGAGAUCCGGGGAAUUGGUACCGCAAGACUUGAGCAGGCCGCAUCCACCGGCGAGCCUGAGCCCACCGUUUUCCUCUUUGAAUCUGACCAGUAAUCAGCAACAAAACCAACACUAUCAAAGUCAGCAUCAGAGUCAACACCAUUCACAGGCAUCGUCGAACGCUACGAAUCAACAUCAUCAGCAACAACAACAGCAGCAGCAGCAGCAGCAGCAGCAGCAGCAGCAACAACAGCAGCAGCAGGAAGAAAUGGCGGAGAAUUUGUCGAUAAAGAGAACAGUCUCGCCGGUUACCCAAGAGCAGCAGCAACAGCAACAUCACAACCAGCAACUGCAUCAAGUAAAGACCGAAAGUAGCGAGGCAGCGAGUAGUCCGCGAGGAUCUCCCCUUACAGGCACGAGUCUCCUCCAUCCCGAUGGGUCUCUCCAAGACAUCCCGUCGACGGCAGCGGCUGCCGUCGUCAGUAUACCUGGAAUCACGGCGUUAUCGUUGACACCGCCGCAUCAUCACAGCGAGUACCUGACGAGUUUGGGCCAACUAGCGGCUCAAUGGCUUCCUCAGAAUCAUCCGCAAAGUCAACUACCACCGCCGCCAACGCAAACUCAUCAUUCGCGGGACGAUAGUCCUCUCGGAACCGCUAGAAGCACGCACGCCUAUCAGCAACAACAGCAGCAGCAACAACAGCAGCAGCAGCAGCAACAACAGCAGCAGCAACAGCAGCAGCAACAAGAGUCAUCGCUUACGUCACGACGCGGCUCGAUCGCGGCGAUGUUUCCUCUCGACAGCGUUGCGUCUCUGAGCGGUGGACUCUUUCCUCACGGUACCGGCAUCGACAGGGGAUCCCUUUUGGCGGAUCUCCACGAAAGUUUCAAACCGGAACAGUUACACGGAUUGUUCGGACCGACCACCUUGACGGCUCAUCCGUCCGGUAAGAAGAAAAAGCACAGGACCGAGGGCGACGCACCGAGAAGGUGGUCGGAUCAAGGAGGACGCGGUUUGCCGGUUGGAAGACCAAAGGGUCAACACAGCGCACCCCGGGGCGGCCCACCGAGAUCUUGGACGAACGCCGAACUGACCGAGGCGCUGCAACACGUGUGGAAUAAGAAGAUGACGACGUCUCAAGCGAGUCGAAUAUUCGGCAUACCGUACAACAGUUUGUUGAUGUACGUGCGCGGUAAAUACGGAAAGAGCUUGAAGUUGGAACAAUUGAGAAGAGAUUGCACCGGCGCGACCACCGGCGACGUAGUCAUGAAUUCUUUGAACAACAACGUCAAAGCCGUUCAACAACCACCGGCGCAGCUGAGCCAUCCUCUCGCCGGUCUUCCACCUCAUCCGGCCGACGACAGUGGCUUUCCUCAUCACUCGCUCCUCGGUACGAACCUAUCCCAAAGUUUUUUCCCGGAUUUUACCACCUCUCCGUUCCCCGUGCCAGUUAACAUGAUACAUCUUUUAACCCCGAGCGAACAAAAAGCUUUCGAACCUCCUCCGAAUCCCGGUGGUAGUGGCAGCAAUGCCAGCGGAAGCAGCAGCGGCGGUACCGGAAGCGCCGGUACCGCUGGAAAUGGUACCACCGCGGGAACUUCUGGUAGCGCAGCGGCUGCUGCCGCCGCUGCCGCUGCCGCCGCCGCCGCUGCCGCCGCGGUCGCCGCGGCUUCGACAGCUCCGGAACACGGAUCGUCUCACAGUAGUCGGACGCCCUCGCCGGUAGACCAUCAUCACCAUCGUCACCGUCAUCACCACCAUCAUCAUUAUCAUCACGAGUCGUUGCAACCGCAGCCUUCGCAGUCGGCACCGGCGUUGCUCCAACAAAAUGGCUCGGACUAGUGGAGAUGAACGGAUGAGAAGAAGGGAGGGGACGGAGAAAGACAGAGAGAGAGAGAGAGAGAGGGAGGGAUAGAGAGCGCGCGCGGGCGAACGAGCGAGCGGAAGGAAGGAAGGAAAACGCUGAAAAAGACUGGACACAUACUUUAUAUCGAUCAUAAUUGUUAUCUUCCUUUAAGAAUCACGGACGUUUGAUCAUCCGAGAGAGCAUUUCGAUGCCCUUCCUUCGCACAUUCGUUGCCUCGUCCUUAAAAAUAUCUACGUUUUCGCGCGGUAUAUAUUUAUACGUAUAAACAUCCGAGUUUUAUCUUCCGCAAGACUGAAUGGACCGACCAAUGCUCGCGAUCCCCCGAAUCGAUUUGAUUCG